GAUAAAAAGGCAUUUUUCUUUUCUUUUGGAAGAGGGGGGUUUUCGGCCAAGUAGAGAGAGAAAGAGGAAAAACAUUUUGAGUUCUAAAGUUAUUAUUUUGGGUGUAGAAAAUUGAUAUAAUAUUUUCUUUAAAAUAUUAUUCGUAUAUUUUCUACUAUUUAAUAUACAAGAUUAAUAUUAUCCCUCUUAAAUCUUUAUUUUUAAUAUACUAUUAUAAUCUUUACUAGCAUAAAGAUUAUAGUAGACUCAGGAGAUUGUUCGUGUGUCAAAGUUGGAGGCCAAACGCUUGAACGGCUACAUUUGCUCCUUCAACACCUUUUGCUCGACUUCUUGUUCAUACCGCUUUACCGGACAAGUUUAUUUGAUUAUAAUACGGCCUGCGUGUCGUGCCUUAUCUCUUAAACUCUCGUUGUAAAUCUAUUUCUCUCUCUUACCUCAACCGAAAAUUCUUUUCUCACGUGGUGGUUAGAAGAUAAAAUAUUUGAAGUCCGUUCGAGGGAAUCUUAAGGAAUGGAGAUAGCCCGAAGUCCAAGAGCCUGGAAGUCAGUGGGAGCUAUCGUUUUAUUUUUCUUUAGGGGCCACAAUCAUUACACGUUUAUUUACUGCGUAUUUUGAAUGCAUGUGAAUGUAUGUUUAACGCUAGUAAAUUGACACGUGCGCGGCAUGUGUCGUAGGUGAGAUCGUAAAACUUAAAAUCCCUCGAAAUAUUAAGUCUGUAUUGCCUUCUGGCGCCCGACACCUUUCCGGCUAAUGUGCACUGUCACGUACUCAGCCCUUGCAGAGCAUAGUACGGUGUGUGUUAUGCUGGUCACGGGAAUCACUAAAGUGGUCAUUGUCAGACGUUGGGUUAGACUUAACUGAGUCUCGAUCAAAUGGAUGGAUGACUCAGAGGCGGUUUUUGUUGGGGUCACUAUACUGACAAGUCGAAUUACUUUACUCACUCAUCCAGCCAGAAGUUGGGUCUCUAUGACUUAAUUGGGCUUUUCACUAACUAAAGUAGUUGUGCAUGUGGUACGUGCCAAAGCCAAUCACAUGUACGAUGAAAUGGUGUUCUGGUCCGAAAGUAGUAUUCUCGUUCGUCCAACACAAGACCAAGAACUGUGAGUGCGGCUCGACCGUUGGAACUAUGUUCCUGCCUAAAUAGUUAAAUUCUAGGUACAAACCUCAGGUCAACUGGAAUUUAAUGAUAUAUGGAUCUUGGCCCAUUAAGAGAAUCUCUAGGAGAAUCUCCGAAUCAACAUUGAGGGUUGUUGGUUUGUUAAAAUAGUGGGAAAUAAUUAAUUAAAAGGCCUAAUUAAUUAUUCAACAUGAUAGAUAACCUAGUUUGCAAUUUCAUUCUGGAGAUGGCAUCGAAUAACACAUACAGUCAUUCCAUCAACCUGCGCUAUAUCCUCGAGAGCCAAAAACUCUCCGGGGAAAACUUUCUUGACUGGGAGAAGAACCUCCGGAUCGUUCUUGACCGUGAGAGGAAACUUUACAUCCUCGAAACGGAUCCUCCCAAGACCCCUAAGGCAAAUGCUCGUGCAUCCGAACUCACUUCUUUCAAGAAGUAUGAGGACGACGCGCGAGAUGUUAAGUGUAUCAUUAUGGCAAGUAUGACCGCAGAGCUCCAAAGGCUCCACGCGGACAUGGAAGUGCGUCCUAUGAUACAACGCUUGAGAGACCUUUACCAGGGUCAACCCCAAAACUCAGAUAUUUACGUUAUCGAAGUCAAUAUGUCUGAUUUCACCUCUUGGGUGAUGGAUACCGGAUGUGGUUCUCACAUCUGUACUUCCAGCUUAAGGUCAGAAACGGAGCACUUGUCAAUUCGCUGGUUGUAGGAACUUAUGUUCUAUCUCUCCCUAGUGGCUUGUUGUUGCAUUUAAACAAUUGCUUGUUUAUACCUGCCAUUAGAAGGAAUAUCAUUUUUGUGUCCUGUCUUGACAAAGCAGGAUUUUGUAUUAACG